GUCAAACAUUAUCCUCAAAUUAUCAACUAUAAACUUAAUUUUUAUAUUUAUUUUAAACUUACCAAACAUACCCAUCAUCUAGCUAAAAUACAAGCGUCACUUCAUGCAAGUUGCACUAAGCAAAUCGCACACGCACCCCUCUCUACACAAGAAAAAUAAAACUUUUUUUUUUCUUUUGGAAAAUCUAAGAACAAUAUGCUGAGAUUUUCUUUAUCAAUCGAAUCUCGUAUUUUGCCUUCGUUUUCAUCGCUCCGCUCUUUGUCGCCUUCCCUUUUUUUCUCGAGUUCCAGGAAUAAUUUUGUCUUCUGUGGAAAAGAAAUCUCAGGGGAAACCCGUAAUUUCUCAGCCAUGUCAGCUUGCCGUGAUCACAGGCAUCCUCAAGAUUGCUCUUUUCUGGGAGGGGAAUCAUUCUUCAGGAACAUAUUGGCAACUAUGGAGACUGUUUACAUGAACAAAAAUCCCACAGCAAAAGCUAUUCUGGACCUCGUUCGGUCGGUCGAUGACGAUUGCAUAUAUUAUGAUCAUUUUGCUUUUAGGACUUUUGGGGUAAACGGACAUGGAAUUGAUUCAAUGGCAAAAGUUUUCUUGGAUUUUGGUUAUGUCCAAAGGGAAGAGUUAAGGUUCCCUGCGAAGAAGUUGAAAGCAUUCUGGUUUUCACCCCCUAAAGUUCCUCUUACAGCUAAUGCUGGCUCAGGAGUUAAUGGACCCUUGCCGAGGAUAUUUAUAUCCGAGCUUCUUGUCGAUCAAAUGUCUCCUGAAGCUCAGAAAAUAGUUAGAAAAUACACUGAAUUAUCGGGAAAUGGAAGUAUGCAUGCCGCUGUGGCAAGUGCACUGGGAUGCUUGACAUGGGAGAAGCCCACUUAUUCUGAAUUUCAACAGCUAGCAAAGGAAAGUGAAUAUGCAGCCUGGACUCUUGUUAAUGGGUAUGCAUUAAAUCACGUCACCAUAUCUGUUCACCGGCUCAAAUCACAUCUAGCAAAUAUCAAAAAUCUUAACCAGUUCAUUGAGGAGAAUGGCUUCAAGUUGAAUUCUGAAGGAGGAGUUUUAAAAGUGAGCCCAGAUGGCCUCUUGUUACAAAGCUCAACUGUGGCAAAUUUAACUUCCUUCGAAUUUGCUGAUGGAAUUUCAGAAUCUAUCCCAUGCUCAUAUAUUGAGUUUGCUGAACGCCUUAUACUUCCUCAGUUCAAGAAUCUACCAGAGGAUAAGGUUGAAGAGUUCCAUAGACGAGAUGGUUUUGAAGUUGGAAAUGCGGAUAAGAUAUUCGAGAGCACAUCAAUGGAUCAGCUAACCAGAAACGCUGCUUGAGACAAACAAUUACCAGCUGUUAUGUGCUUGAGAAAUAAAAAAAUUCCAUUAAGAGUCUUUGUAUCAGUUCCUUAUGAGUGGUAAUACUAAAGUUGUGAGUCUUUUGUGUAUAUAAAAUAAAGAAUCAUUUAUCAAACACUCUUUGAAAAAAUUUGAGUAUUUUGUGUAUAAUGAUGAUGUAUGAUGUGCCAUCGUUUAUUUCUUUGGGAUAUUGAAGCGUGGGAGUUCUGGUCUGGCGGAGUUUAGUCUGAAGAAUUUUUUUCUCGUGUCCCAAGUUAAAUUUUCACGGCGUGAUUUGAUGAUAUCCUUGUUUUAUUUUUUAUUUUUUUUCAUUUUAAUUAUUAUAUCCAGC